AAGAGACAGUUAUUAUGUUUCCAAAUAAAUUGAACAUAUUUUGAUGAAGAGUUUUUGCACAACUGGUUGACUACAUUUUCUUUCAAAAAAGUUCCAAGAUUUUGGGCCACAAGUUUACCUAUUAACAGUGACCUCUAUGCUGGUGUGACUUCCAAGCAGCACAGAUGAACAUGCCUUUUAGAAUGGAAUGUUGUCCUGCAAACAAGUUUGGAACCUCCUACUGGCAUUCUGAUAAGUACCAGUAGUAGUGUUCCUUGCUUGCUCUUUACUGUACCUGUCUCUACACCUGUAGCCUCGCUUGAUGAGAAAUAAAAAUUAGAUACUGGUACCCUAGUUGGAUGCUUCGAAGUUUUUUUCAAGAAGAGUGACGAGAGAGGAAAAAGAAACUACAAGCAGAAGAAAAAACUACAGAUCUAAAUUUUCAGAAUGUUUUCAUCAAAACAACAAGAGCAGCUAGCCCAGGAGCUGAGCUGUCCCAUCUGUCUUCAGCUCUACAGCAAUCCACUUGUUCUCCCCUGUGGUCACAACUACUGUCGAGCUUGCAUCUCCAAGUCUGCAGACUCCAUAGACAGUGGCAAAGAACCUCUACGCUGCCCAGAGUGUCGCAAGAUCUAUCAUGGCAUCGAUUCCCUGCAAGAAAACUUCAAACUCUCCAGCAUUGUUGAGGGUUUCCAAGCCACUUCCCAAAAUAUUUACGAAGAGAUCCUGAAUGUGAUUGAACCAGUGGAGGUGGACGCUGAUGUUUUCUGCGACCACUGCAUAGAUCACCAGUCUCCAGCGAUGAAGACCUGCCUGAAGUGUGAGGUGUCGCUGUGCUCCAGGCAUCUCGAGAAGCACAACGAAAGGGAGUCCUUCAAGGCCCACUCUUUGGUGGAACCUUUGAAGGAGGUGGGGACGAAGGCCUGCGUCGUCCAUAACCUUCCGCUUGAAUACUUUUGUUCCAAUGAAAUGAUGUCUCUUUGCACCACAUGCUUCGUAGAAGGCCAUCACCAGAACCACGACGUCCUCACCUUCAACGUGGCAGAAGAGGAGAUGAGGCGAGCCCUGGAGAGCCGCAACAAGGUGGUUUCCAGCCGACUGCUGCUGACAGAAAGCCUUCUUCAGAAGACAACACAGGACCAGGCAGCCUCCGAGGCUGUUAGGCACAAAAUGGUCAGCAAGGCAGUCACACUCAUGGAUAGUAUGGCUGCAAUAGUGGACAGGUACAGGGAGCGGGUGCGUAUGCUGUUGGAGGAAGAGAGAGGGCAGCGGCAGAAAAGCUGGCAGCUUGGAGUGAGUGCACUGGAGGAGCAGCAGCAGCAGCUGCUGGAGGCCCACAAGAAUGUGACUGAGGCCCUCAGUGAGACAGACACGUGUACCUUUAUACACAGAUUCAUGAUGAUAGAACAGAAAGUGAGGGAUGUUGUCACGAGCAGUUUUCCCAGCACAGUCCCCACAAUGACUGCCCUGAACACCAAGGGUCUCCAGACUGGCCUCAAAACCCACGACUUCCGCACAGAAAUGGUCCGUCUCCUUGAUACUCUUCACAUCCUACUCAACCCCCUGGAGGUCACUUUCAAUGUCUGCACUGCCCACCCAAACUUGUUGGUGUCCAAUGACCUGCGCACAGUCAGAUGCAGCACCUCCAAGCAGUCCUACGUUGAGCACCCGGAGCGUUUCAUAAGUUCACCUCAGAUCCUGUGUAGCCAGGGUUUUUCAGAAGGCACGCAUGUCUGGAUGGUGGAAAUGGGCGCCAACUGCAUGUGGUCCCUUGGUGCGUGCUACAAAAGCAUCCCUCGUCGCGGAGACCACAGUCGCCUGGGGCACAACUCUGUGUCCUGGAGACUACAGUGGAAAAAUGGCAAGCUCACUGUGUACUCUUCCUCUGGCAAUGCUGCACUGGGGGAGACGCUCCAACAACCAACUAAGAUUGAGGUUUCUCUUGACUAUGAAGGUGGAACAUUGUCCUUCUACACCAUAAAAUCUCUUAGGGAACACAUUUACACCUUUAAAACUGUGUUUAAGGAGCCAGUUUACCCAGCUUUUAGUAUCCAUUCAAACACUUCAGAUUCAUGGAUCACACUACAUAAUCAAAUUUGAGACCAACUUUAAAUCUUUAAUAUUCCCUAUGCAUAUAAACGUCUGGGAAGUACUUUAAUUAGAUCUUCAUUCAAACUUUUGUUAAUACUUUUUCAAAUGUUAUCAUGUAAGCAAAUUGGGUUGUCCAUGUUUUUCCCUGAACCUCUACACAUGUGUUGUUUUUGGCAACCAUUUUAGUUUAAGUCUUAGUCUUUCGGACAAAAAUGCUUAUUAGUUUUAGUCAUAUUUUAGUCAUUACUAUAAGUGAUAGAUUUCAUCCAGUUUUAGUCACCGAAAACUCAACACGGUUUUAGUCUAGUUUAAGUGAUAAAAAUUGUGUAUUCUCUAUCUCUGUGUAGAAAGUAGCCUACGCUUCCUGUAAAGGUCUACAGGUGAAUACCAUGCUAUCAAAUGCAGGUAUCCUAUCUUAAAAAAACAUAUAGACACAUAUAUGUGUGUGUCUAUAUGUGAAUAUAUAUUUAUUAUACAUAUCAAGUGUUUCAAGACAUCAUUUUGACAAAAUACUACCAUGUUAAAAAAAUAGAAUGGCCUUAACUAUGAAACUAGCGACACAAACAUUAAUUUUGAUAGCUUAUUAACCAUAUGACUGGCACCUACCCGGUAAUAAGACCCUCUGGUCUUUCUUUAAUGACCAAUGGCUAAAUUUAUAAUGCAGUUGUAUGGUUGAGUUUGUUUGUUUUUAUUGUAAACGCGCCAAAAACCGCAGAGGUCAUAAACUAACAAAGAUGCUGCUAACAUGCUACUAACGUUACAGUUGCUAACAUUGCAAAAAUGUGCUAUUGAUUUAGACACAUGGGGAAUAGCAGCAGGUCUGAAAAACUACAUUUCCCUCCAUCUUUCAGUUACUCAAACAUGGGUCUUUGGUGCCCUGGCCAAAAAUCCCUCUAUGUAAUACAUGUAACAGUAAUAUACAUAAGCUAAUAAAAUUAUGUAAAACAACCAAGCCCGAGGUUAACAGCCAAUUUACAGCAGGUGUUAUGCAGAAAGAUUUAACCUUACUAUGAAAUUUGUCACAAGCUGGGUAACAUUGCUUGUAUACAUGUCAACAGGACGUAUUGUAACUUACCUUUGAAAGAAUAUCAGCAUGGUAAGCCUUCAGGUGUUGCUUUAGAUUUGUGGUAUUUUCCCAUCUAGCUGUGGCCGCAUUUACCACUGUCUCCCUCUACAUUACAUUUGGUUUUUCUUAUGGAUGAAUCAUAUUUAAAGUAUGUCAAUAGAACCUUCUGUGGUUUCAGAAUAAGUCCCACCUGUUGAACACCACCAUAGCCCAUCAAUGAAUUAAUAGACACGUGGUGGUGAUGGGGGGUCACCAAAUAAGGAUAGGAUAGAGCUGACCUAUUGAUACUUUUUAGCUUUUCACUGAGAGAUUAUAUUGGCAGAAUUGCCAUGCAUUGUUAACGUCUGACAGACCAGUCACUAGCAUUUUCAUCUGGUCUUGUCAACGAAAAUUUUACUCAUCAAUGAGCUAUGUUUGGCUCGUCAUCAUCUUGUAAUCGUCAGGAAAAAAGGAGCGUCAAUUAAAUAAUUUCGUCAGUAAUGAAGUAAAUAACAGUCUUAAACCAAAACUAAAUCUCAGACACUAGGAAGAAGAUAAAGUUUUACCUAAUAGUGAAUACACUAAAAUGGUAUGCCAUAAGGUUUGGUUUUGUACCCCUUGUGUUUAUUGUCACAUAUCAUUCCCUGCCAUGGUCUCAGCUUGCUUUUGUAUGUGGAUGACACCCAACUGCAUCUUAAUACCAAACCCUUCACACUUUCACCCGAACAAUUACUUAUCAGCUGUCUGAAUGAAAUCAAUGCAAGUAAUCUAACAUGACCUAGUUGUACACCCCCAAGCCCUACUUCAGAACACUGGGGUCCAACUAAUUAACGGUUGAGCCAUCUCAUCACCCAAGCAUGUUUGUAACCUAGGUGUUAUUCUGGACUCAGUACUUUCAUUCCAGGCUAACAUCACAUCAUUCACAAAGUUUUUUGUUUCUGACCUGAACAAUAUUACAACAGUCCGCUACAGUCAGUUAUCUCUAAGAGAGGUUGAUCCAUGCCUCUGUUACAGCCCGUCUGGAUUACUCCAGUUAGGUCCUAUUGAGGAUUUCCAACAGAUCCCUGGACCUGCUCCAGUAUGUCCAAAGCUCAGCUGCUAGUCUACUAACACACACUAAGCCUUACCAACAGAUCAGCCCCUCUCUCCUAAAUCUCCACUGGCUGCCUGUCAAAUACAACAUCACUUACAAGAUCUUCUCACCUUCAAAUCCCUUACCAUCCUAGGCCUUGGACACCUGUUAGAUCUUCUCCAACCAUACACACAGUGUCAGGCACAAAAAUGCUCAGCCAUGGGUCUGCUUUGAAGAUCUAGCCUUUUUUUCCAUCUGUGCUGCAAGAAACUUUCCUCUUCAAUAAGGUGUUCAACUUUAGUUGAAUUAUUCACUUUUUGUAAAGUAUUAUUAGGUUUAUUGAUAGGCACUAUGUAAAUCUUAGUUAUUAUUAUUCUUAUUACUAUUGUUUCUGUAAAGUUUGCAUGUUGAAAUUGCAGUUGUUUAGCAUUUUAUUUCAUCAUACAACAUAAUUUGUGAUUGUUUUACAAAACCAAUGAUAAGUCUUUGUGGAGUACAUACAGUAUGACAAAGGUGUUUUGUAAAAAAUAUAUUAUCUCUUAAUUCACUUGACCAGGUUACCUUCAUGUGUACAGUUAUUGUGAUGUAGUUGUUUUUACUUGUUAGCCCCCCCCCUCCUCCACACACACAAAGAUUUAUUCUGCACAUAAAGAAGGUAAUUAAAGUUUCCAGUGUAAAAUAUUUAUUUUCACUUAUGACUGUGUGUCCUAUUAAACUUGUGGUGCACAUGGUAUUUUUAAAUUUUCAA